AUGGAGGUCGCUGGUCUUGCCAUCGGCAUCGUGGGUCUCUACACGACAUGUCGGGAUUGUUACAGCUUCUUCACCACCCAAUCGAUCCUCAAAGCCUGGGGAUUCCAUUGGCAGAUCAAAAUGAAGACGCGAACUAAGCUUCAAGAGUACCUCUUGAACAACCGAUUUAAGGCAGAAGGCGUUUUCAACACCCUUUCUGCUCUUGCCGAUACUCUGUCGAACCAGGAGAAACUCAUCAAGGGCUACGGAAUCCAGCUACAUCCAACGCAAGCGAUCCAGGAUGCAUCAGAGUCAAUCAACAACGUCCGGUUGGCCAUCCAGGACGCCAAAAUCGACAACAUCCAGCCUUUCAAGUGGGCUCUGAAGGACAGAGACAACUUCAGAAGCCUUAUCUCCGACUUGAGAUCUCACAGCGAGUCUCUCUAUCGCCUAUGCCCUGAAAGUGCAUUCGGGUCGAUGAACAUCUAUAUCACAAUGGAAUGCCUGGCUCAGCAGGAGUCCCCGGCAGGUCUGAAGUGGACUUCAAGACUCGCAACUGAGAAUGCAGAGGUCGACGAAAGAUCCUCGGUGCGGGCGGGCUACGAAUUGUUAGCAUCGGCAGCUACUUUGAAAGCGUCAGUCAACGAAAACAGGGACAGGGUGGAGGCGGAUGACAAUAGUCUUACCACCAUUGACGAGGAGCAACCUAAUAUGUGUUAUUUGGGAAAGGGUCUGGCCCUGUUCGAGGGUCAAGUCGUCUACGUGGAAAUGCGAGACUACCGUGGACCGCCGGCGGAGCUCACUCCGAAGCAAAAGCAGAAACUCAAGCGUCGCCGGAACCGAGCGCGAGCCAACAUCUCCGUAGAUCGGGUUGCAGAAGACAGCAGCGCCGAGUCUGAAGAUGACGAACCAAUCGAAAUGGACAGACCAGCCGACCCUAAGCUUCACGCUCUUACCAGAAACUUCUUCAACACGUUUCAAGGCGCAAACGUGAUGAAAAGUGUCUAUGGCUUGGAUAUAGCAGGUAUGAUCGACCACACCGAUGGCGAGCACAGAGGCCAUUGCAGCAUUCUCUACAGGCUGCCCGGCACUAUCGGCGUCCAAAAUCGUCAGUGGCCCGCGGAAAACCUAAAACUUCGGGCACCUAUGACACUGAAGUCUCUCCUUGGAAAGAAACAGCAGAAAGGCAUACGGUCUAUUCUCGGUGCGCGUUUAGAACUUGCUAGAAAUCUUGUGGUGAUGUUCUUCACAGAACACGUGAAUGCGCUCCAAGAGGAUCGGUAUGAGGUUAAAAUCGAGAUCGAUGUUUCGAAGCUAAUUCUGAUGGGCUACAUCUUCUCCCGGCCAGACGAUAUCAUCAUCUCUACGGAGCCAUCUGAGCAAGAGCCAAUGGCAUUCACCAUGCGCUAUCCAUCAUCGAGCUUAGCAUGGGAUGACCCAAUGGACAAGAGAGCAAAGUCGAAACGCAGAGUAGGAACCCCUCGAGCUGACAGCAUCUACGGUCGUAAUGCGCUUAACCAACUCACUGUUUCCGACCAAACCAAAGAUAUCAAGAUCAGUGGCUUCACACUUGACUAUUAUCAGCAUCCCGCAAAGCACGCAGAUCCAAUGCGCCAAUAUCGCCAUGCGUACGACGAAUUGUCAAGCUACAGUCUUCGGAGUCUUGAUGACGAAGAGGAUCAUUAUGAACGAAGACGGCGGAUUUGUCAAGUGUAUCUGGAUCGCCUCAGAUGGGAAUGCGGGGACACUUACGCGGACGUUGUGCUCAGUUGCAUCAUGGUUAAUAGCACUAAUGAUGAGAUAGCAAAGGCUAGCGAAAGGGAGCUCUGUGCUAGAAUUGUAGCCGAUCUGGAGGCUGCCGAGCUUAGUUCCAGUCUCUGA